GAAGAUUCAAGAUGGAGUACAAACUAAAUAUACCCUCGUUGGUUUACCUAUAAACGUCUUUAAUACUUGUUAAGAUAUUCAAUAAACAUCAUGGACAAAACUUAUUUCGGUUCCGUUUCUUUAUUUAAACAAUUACCCCUGCUAAUUAUUAUGUAUGGGUAUGAAAACAACCAUCAGACUAUUAUUUAGUGAGUUGCAUAUAGUUAAACAACCAGCGUUUUGAACACUUUAUUUAGACAUUAUAACUAUAAACAUCUCAGCAAAACUCAUAUUUGGUUCAAAUGUUAUUUGUUGUACUUGCACUCGUAACAAACUAUUUUCGUUUCCAAUACUCAAUAUUUGUCUAUAAACAUCUGCAUAUGUUUCACUCCAAUCUUUCCAAUAUCAACCAAUUUACCAAUUGCAACGACUCAAAUCAUCAUGGCUCCAACCGAGUUCUUCAUGUGGGGGCUAUGUUUGAUAUUGGUCUUUGCUCAUUACCAAGGUGCCCAAGGGGAAGAGUCUAUACCAGGUCUUGGUAUCAAUUGGGGUGCAUUAGCAUCCCACACUUUGAAUCCUAACGUAGUGGUGAAUAUGUUGAAGGACAACGGGAUCAAGAAGGUGAAACUUUUUGAUGCAGAUUCUUGGACCCUGAGUGCUUUGUCUGGUACAGACAUUGAAGUCAUGGUAGGAAUUCCUAAUGAUCAAUUGAGUAAAUUUGCUGGAAGUAGCGGAGAUGCUGAAGCUUGGGUUAGAGAAAAUCUCACCAAACAUAUUCAUAAUCAUCAUGGGAGCGUCAACAUCAGACACGUAUCUGUUGGAAAUGAGCCAUUCAUGAAAGGUUACAAGGGUGCAUAUGUGAAGACCACAUUCCCAGCAAUGCAAAAUAUUCAAAAGGCCAUCGACAAGGCUGGUCUUGGAGACACAGUGAAGGUGACAACGGCUUUGAAUGCCGAUGUUUACGAGUCUGCUUCAGACAAGCCAUCAGAUGGAGAUUUUCGGAGUGACAUUUACGAUGCCAUAAAACAAAUACUAAGUUUGCUUCACGAAAGGAACUCACCAUUUCUUGUCAACAUAUACCCUUUCCUCAGUCUCUACCAGAACGACAAUUUUCCUGAAGAAUUUGCAUUCUUUGAUGGUCAAGGCAGAACAAUUCAAGACAAAGAUGCACAAUACAGCAAUGUCUAUGAUGCAAAUUUGGACACCCUUGUUUGGUCAUUGAGAAAAGCUGGCUACCCUGACUUGAGAAUUGUGGUUGGUGAAAUUGGAUGGCCAACUGAUGGCAACAAAAAUGCUAAUAACUACAAUGCAAAAAGGUUCUACCAAGGACUACUCAAGAAAAUGGUACACAAGAAAGGAACUCCUCUUCGCCCCGGAGCCAUGGAGAUGUAUCUGUUUUCUCUUACUGAUGAGAACUUGAAGAGCAUUGAGCCUGGCAACUUUGAGCGUCAUUGGGGAAUUUUUGGCUACGACGGAAGGCCUAAGUUUCCCAUUGAUUUUUCUGGUCAGGGACAGGACAAAUGGCCAGUGGCAGCCAAAGGUGUUGUUUACCAAGAACGUCAAUGGUGUGUCCUAAGUAGUGAUGUUAAGAACUUGAGUUUGGUGCCAAGUGCAUUGGACUAUGCUUGUGCUGGUGCUGAUUGCACAAGCUUAGGAUUUGGUUGUUCUUGUGAUAAGUUAGACCUUGCUGGCAAUGCUUCAUUUGCUUUCAACCAAUAUUUUCAAACAAGGGACCAAAGUGUUGAGGCGUGUGAUUUCAAUGGAAUGGGAACUAUUGUGAAACAGGAUCCAUCAAAGGGAAGUUGCUUGUUCCCUAUAGAAAUUGAGAGCAGUGGUGACAUGGUUAGAGCAAUGCGUGCGAUUGGAAGCAUUUUGAUUGGAUUGGCAUUGUUUUUCGUAACAUUUACGUAGAGACCAUAUGGAUGGUACUGGUAUACUAAUGUUUACCAUGGGUAGGGGCACGAUUGAUGUAAUGUUAUUGAUGUUAUGCCAUUAGUUUUUAUUUCCUCUUGCGGUUUGUAGAAAUGAUUUAGGAAGUAGAUCUCUCUAGGAUGAUUAUGGAAAUAAAUCGUCUAUAGUCAAAUUUUAACAGCACGCAGUUCUGUUAUAAUCUAAUGAUUACA